CAUUAUUACCUUUUCUUUUAUUUUUCUCUGUGUGCGCCUUUUGAAGCUCAAUAUAGUCAAGCAAACAUGCACGGAACGAGAUGACAAUACUUAGGCAAAACUAGGGUUUCCUCCCCAUUCUCUCUUCUUGGUUCAAGUUUGUGAUUGAAGUCGCUCUUGGGUCUCUCAUAUAAACAGAGGAAGUCUUUCUCUUAGAGAGUUAGUGGGAGAAAAUAGUAUAGAGAAAUAGAGAGAGGGAUAGAGAACGAAGUGCUAAGCAGCAGAAGUUGCGGAUUUGCUUGCCUUCUUUCUCUUUCUUUCUCUCUUCAAGAAAAAAAAAAGGACUCAUCUUUAGAGAGGGAGUUGGAGACAUUUGGAUACCCAUAUAACCUUUUGUCUCCUCUGUCCUCUCUAUCUGUUUAUUUUCUGUUUUUUUUCCCCUUUAAUUCUUAGCCUUUUCUUUUUGACAUACCCAGUUGUGUAUAUCUUGGGUUUUUGGUCUGAUUUAGGGGAAUCAGUGAAUGGGAUUGUAGUGUUUGUUUGGGGACUAUUUCAUGAGUUUUGGGGGUUUUCUUGAUAGCAGUAGCGGCUCCGGUGGUGGUGGUGGCGCUGAGAGAUUCGUGACUGAUAUCUCUUACAACACCAACACCAAAAGUAUGCCCACUGGUGCAAUCUCUCAACCACGCCUUGUGACUCACCCUCCAAACAAAUCCUUGUUCAACUCCCCAGGCCUCUCUCUCGCUCUGCAACCAAACAGUGAUGGGCAUAUUGAAAUACCGAGAAUGAUAGACAACUUUGAGGGGAAUAUCAGUUUGGGUAGGAGGAGCCGAGAAGAGGAGCAUGAGAUGAGCAGAUCUGGGAGUGAUAACAUGGAUGGUGUCUCCGGUGAUGAUCAAGAUGCCACCGACAAGCCUCCAAGGAAGAAGCGUUAUCACCGACACACUCCUCAACAAAUCCAAGAACUCGAAGCUCUGUUCAAAGAGUGCCCUCAUCCUGAUGAGAAACAGCGUCUUGAGCUUAGCAGAAGGCUUUGUUUGGAGACCAGGCAAGUCAAGUUCUGGUUCCAAAAUCGCCGAACCCAAAUGAAGACCCAACUGGAGAGGCACGAGAACUCGCUGCUGAGACAAGAGAACGACAAGCUCCAAGCCGAGAACAUGUCAAUCAGAGACGCAAUGAGAAACCCAAUUUGCACUAACUGUGGUGGUCCGGCAGUGAUCGGUGAAAUCUCUAUCGAAGAGCAGCAUUUGAGGAUCGAGAAUGCUCGAUUAAAGGACGAGCUGGAUCGUGUUUGUGCUCUCGCAGACAAAUUUUUGGGGAGACCAGUAUCAUCUCUGGCUUCAUCAAUGGCAUCCCCAAUGCCAAACUCGAGUUUGGAACUCGGAGUCGGAAGCAAUGGAUUUGGUGGGCUGAGUAGUACUGCUGCGGUGAGAACACUCCCUUUGGGGCCUGAUUUUGGAACUGGGAUUUCGACUACUGUUUUGGCUGUAGCCCCUCAAUCGAGAACUAAUCUGACCGGGCUAGAUCGAUCCGUGGAGAGAUCCAUGUUUCUCGAACUUGCUUUAGCUGCCAUGGAUGAAUUGGUUCAGAUGGCACGGACUGAUGAGCCUCUAUGGAUCAGGAGUGUUGAAGGAGGAAAAGAAAUGUUGAAUCAAGAGGAGUAUCUGGGGACUUUCACUCCUUGCACUGGACUGAAACCAAAUGGGUUUGUCACUGAAGCUUCUAGGGAGACUGGUGUGGUUAUCAUCAACAGUUUGGCCCUCGUAGAGACUCUGAUGGACUCGAAUCGCUGGGCGGAGAUGUUCCCAUGUUUGAUAGCCAGAACUUCUACUACAGAUGUGAUUUCCAGUGGCAUGGGAGGCACAAGAAACGGCGCACUUCAGCUGAUGUAUGGGGAGCUGCAAGUCCUUUCACCACUGGUGCCGGUGAGGGAGGUGAACUUCCUGCGGUUCUGUAAGCAGCACGCAGAGGGUGUGUGGGCUGUGGUGGAUGUGUCAAUUGACUCAAUCCGUGAAAAUUCAGGUUCACCAGCAUUUGUGAACUGCAGGAGGCUGCCUUCCGGUUGUGUGGUGCAAGAUAUGCCAAAUGGGUACUCCAAGGUUACAUGGGUGGAACAUGCAGAAUACGAUGAGAGUCAAGUUCACCAGCUCUACCGACACCUAGUAGGUUCCAGCAUGGGCUUUGGUGCCCAGCGUUGGGUGGCUACCCUGCAAAGACAAUGUGAAUGCCUCGCCAUUCUCAUGUCCUCCAAUGUCUCCUCUAGAGAUCACGCUGGCAUAACACCGAGUGGUAGGCGAAGCAUGUUGAAGCUAGCGCAGCGGAUGACCGAUAACUUCUGUGCGGGUGUCUGUGCAUCGACGGUUCACAAGUGGAACAAGCUGAAUGUUGGUAAUGUUGAUGAAGAUGUACGGGUCAUGACCCGAAAGAGCGUGGACGAUCCAGGGGAGCCACCGGGCAUUGUGUUGAGUGCUGCCACCUCGGUCUGGCUUCCGGUUUCUCCGCAGAGACUGUUUGACUUCCUCCGUGAUGAACGGCUCAGAAGUGAAUGGGAUAUUCUAUCCAACGGUGGUCCUAUGCAGGAGAUGGCCCGCAUUGCCAAGGGCCAAGAUCACGGCAACUGCGUAUCCCUCCUCCGUGCCAAUGCUAUGAACUCGAACCAGAGCAGCAUGCUGAUACUGCAGGAGACGUGCAUAGACGCGGCGGGAUCGCUUGUGGUGUACGCGCCCGUUGACAUUCCAGCCAUGCACGUUGUCAUGAACGGUGGAGAUUCUGCUUACGUAGCACUCCUCCCCUCGGGCUUCGCAAUCGUACCGGAUGGGCAUGGGUCGCGCGGGCCCACGCCAACGCACAACGGGGCUGCAAAUGGUGGCCCACCGAGAGCGAGCGGGUCGCUUCUGACAGUGGCUUUUCAAAUCUUGGUGAAUACUCUACCUACAGCCAAACUGACGGUGGAGUCGGUGGAGACAGUUAACAAUCUCAUCUCGUGCACUGUCCAAAAGAUCAAGGCUGCUGUUCAGUGUGAGAGUUAGAUCGAUCGCGUGACAUGUCGCGUGAUCUUCUUGGAAAAAGUGGUUCCUUUUCUUUUUCUUUUGUUUUUUUUUUGGGGUAUGGUGAAGUUAUUAUGAAGUAGGUGUCGGGUAGCUGGCUAGCUGUGUUUGAGGUGGCGCAGUGAAUGGUGAAGAGUAGGGGUUGGUCGGUCGGUGAUGAGUUAUUGUGGUGGCCUGGGGGGUGGUUGAGUCAAGAACGAACCGCGCGCAUGGAGACCGACUGCUUGUGUACUGUGAUAAGUUAUAAGCCGACAAUGACCGAUUCUGGGAUGAUGCUUUUAAUUGAACACAGUAGCGCAAGGGUGGUGGUUCGGGUAUUGACUCAGGUCAACCCCUUUGAAGCUGCCUCUUCUUGCCAGACAGAUGGUUAAAAUCUAAGGUGAAAAAUAAGGAAAAAGGGGUUUUGAAACAAUUGAUUUGUUAUUCGUAUUUGACUGUUCCAAGAAUUGAAUUUAAGUUAUAUAUUAUGUUGUGUGAAAGACUGAAGAAGUGUCUGUAAAGACGAAUUUAUUCA